AUGUUUUUUAUAAAGUACCCGUCAGACUAUGCGACAAGCGAGUGGGGGAUACUCAGUGGUCAGUACAAUCCGACCAAAGCCUUUAUUGACUUUUGUGCGCUCAUCGGCCAGGCCUAUGACCUCAAACGCAGUCGCACGGCUGCCAAGACUCGUGACGUUGUGGCCAAGCAAGUGAACAAAGAGCUGAUAAAGAGCGGAACGAGUCAGACCAUGUCGUGGUGGGACAGCCAAAUUAGCCAGCUCUGUUUCGGCAAGUCGGAAACUCAGAUUUUCUAG